AUGUCUUCAGCGGCCUUUUCCUAUGCCCAGGCCGCUCGGGGCCAAGCUCCUACACAGCCUAACACACAGGUGGCGUCGAGCCCCGCGCCAUCAACAGUUGACUCCAAUGUCAAGGACGAUGUAUCAACUGGCAACUCGUCCGUGACUGCCCCUUCUGUCACCUCUAACAUUGCCCUGGACGCCGAGCAGAGCAUCCAGCCAGAUUCCGAGAAUGGAACAGCCAAGGUCUCUGCCAACACUGCCUCGCAGACCACCCCAACACCCACGGUUGUGCCGACAGCCGACAUCGAGGAGAAGAAGGAGCAGGGGAGCGCCAACGUCAACUCACAGCAGCAGUCAGAUGCGAGAAGCUCGAGGUCAGCCAGCAGGACAUCCAGGAGGAAUGACAAUGGAGAGAACAAGAAGGGACGCAAGGGCAAGAAGUCGCGGGGUCAGGAUAAGGAGGCCGAGCAGCAAGAGGAGGCUGCCGAGAAGCAGGCCGAGAAGCCUGUGUACACAGAAGCCGCCAUUCCUUCUGUCAAUCCUUGGUUGAAGCGUGCCGAGGGACUCCAGUCCAAGACUCAGACUGCCUCAACGGCUGAUGCUGCCGAAACCAAGACUUCUGAGGCUGCUGAGGCUCAGCCUGUGGUGAACGGUGUCAAUGGAGACAAAGCUGCCCACAAGAAGCAACCAGAUUCCCGGGCUGCUGAACAGCCCCCCCGCAGAAACGCCCCCCGAGGUGCUCGUGCCAACGACAAGGAGGAGAAGACUUCGGUGACGUUGCCAUCGGUCGCUGAUGCUUCUGCCUGGCCGGAACCCAAGGCCACUGCUGCUGCCGUCAAGGAGCAGCAACCCACUCGCAAGUCAGUUGAGAAGACUGAGAGCUCAGCAAAGGAGGGCCAAGAUGAGGCGGCUCCCAAGAAGAAGGACUGGAAGAAGCUCGAGAUCAACCACUCUGUCGUUUUUGAGACACAGCUGCCUACUCCUCGCAGCUCAAAACCCCGCGGUGGAGCUCGCGGUGGUCGUGAGUCGGGUUCCAUGCGGGGCAACCUCAAUGGUUCCGCUACAUCACCUACUGCCGCUGGUCCUGCUGCCGAGAAGGCUGUCCCAGCCGGAGGUGCUCCUGGUCCUCGUGCCACCGCUCGGCCCCGUGAGGGCAGUCUGCCAGCUCGCUCCGCUGGGCAGAACCAGACCACCUCACCUACCAAGCGUGGCUCCGUUGAUGCCAGUGCUCAGGACCAGCAGAAGCCUGCUGCUUCCGCUAGUAAUGAACAACCCCGUGAGAAGACCCAAUCUGUAAGUUUGCCUCGAAUCUACUUGUGCUUUGCCCUUCCAGGCACUAAUUCGCUCCUGCAGUCAUCCAGAAGAUAUACCAAGGACAUCCGCACCGAGAACGGCCAGCUGAGUACUGAGGGUGGAUCAACCCCAGGUCGUCCUUUUCCCCAGGAACGGGUCAACGGCUUCCACCCCAAGGACGGUGCUCAGGGCAAUGUCAAUGGACACCAUUACCCUGUUCGCGAGAACCGCCCAGAGCGCGGUCGCGGUGGCUAUCGGGGCCGUGGCGGCCACAAUGGUGCUGGCGCUCAUGCCACCGGGUCUGCAGGCUUCCAGGUCAACGGACAUUAUCCCACACAGAACGGGUUCCAUGGCCACUCGCACUCUCGUCAAGCACACUCUGCCCAGAGCCCCCCGCCGUUCAAUGGCCAGUUUCCCCAAACUUUCCCCAACCAGGGCAGGGGCCGCGGCAAAUGGAACGGGGCGAACCAACAUAGCCCUCGUGGCAACCACAUGAGCGCCGGUUAUCCUCCCAAGUCGGCCAAUCCCGUACAUGAUUUCCAGGCCCCAGUCUACCCGCCUGUCAUGUACCCGUAUGGCCCUGAGGCUAUGAUCAAGAACCAGGUAGAGUUCUACUUUUCCCUCGACAACUUGUGCAAAGACUACUUCUUGCGCAAGAUGAUGGAUGGGCAGGGAUUUGUGCGCCUUGAGGCCAUUGCCAACUUCCCCCGUGUGCAGCAGCUGACUACAGACCUCAACGUCCUGCGCUACGCUUGCUUGCACCUGGAGAAUGUCGAGUUCGUCGUUGGUGAUGACAAUAUUGAGAGGCUCCGGUCUGGCGACGCCAGAAGGGCUACUUUCAUUCUGCCUGAAGACCAACGUGAGCCUGCUUCCAGGCAUGAUGGGCCUGCCAAUUUCCGGGUCAUGAACAGUCAAAACCCUUAUGCCUCCUUUGGCGCCAUGGCUCCGCCUAUGAUGGGCUACUCUCAGUACCCUGACGGACACAUGUACCAGCCUGAAUUUAUGCCCAGAGCUCACAACGAGUUCGCUGUCAACGGCAAUGGUGCGGUGAACGGUUAUCAUCACUACCCCCAUGAUUCCCAGCUUUCCGCUGGUGUUCCUGCGUUUGCCCCCCCAGAGGAGCCUGUGUCUCUGGAGAGCAUGACCAAGUUCUCAGACUCCCAUGUUGAUAAUCUUGUCAUUGUCCUGGGUGCCAAGGAUAGCGAAGAGACUGCUGCUGCUGUCGCGGGUUAUGUUGCCAACGGUAACACCCAGGACGGCUCUGAGCCUACCAUUGUGUGGAUUCAGGAGACUCAACCUGAGAAGCACGAGCGUCAACCAUACCACGAAAUCCGCAAGACUGCUCUCGAACGCCGCCAAGGGGCUCAGGCCGGUGAGGUUCCAGAGGAGAUGCAGAACCUCUACCGCUUCUGGUCAGAGUUUCUCCUUAGCAAUUUCAACGCCAGAGUGUAUGAGGAGUUCAGAAACUUGGCUUUUGAGGAUGCCUCCAGCUCAGUUCCCGCGACUGCCGGGCUCAAGACCCUUCUUGGCUUUUAUGACAAGCUCUUGUUGGACACGUCUGUCCCCAAGCCAUGGCCGAGCCAUCGGGCGUUCCCUCUUGUUCUGACCGAGCACCUUCAGGCGGCCAAGGAUCUCGAUCAGAAGACACAGCCUCACGUUGCCAUCUAG